UGCGACGAGGUGUGUAUUUAAAUACGUCAAAUAUGCUGUUUUUUACCUUUUAUAUUUCAACUUCCUCAUGUUCACACCUUCGGAAAAUUUAAGCGCAGUAUUGUUCGUUUUUGUCUGAAACAUUUUUUCAUGUAUCUCCAAACAGCGAAAGUAUAUGAGAAAAACAAAAUGUGCGUUCUAUAUACUUAGCUGCUUUUACGACGUGUCCGAAACUCAGCAAGAUCGACGAGGGAUAUUCCGAGAGAUACUUCCACUUAUCCCCCUGUGAGCGAAGAGGCAGCUCCGAAUUAGCCGCGCAUAUUUGCCGCGGCAUGCGCUUCUUGCGACAUCGAUCAAACAGUAACGACAGUAACCAUAUAUUGUUUGUUUCCUCAACUUUGACACACGAUAACAUUUCUUCGAUACGUAGAAUUUUCUUAUAAACGAUUCUAUAUGGGUGAGUAGUUAUCCGCAUUUUCGAGCCGAUUCAAUAAUUAUAUUAUUAUUAAAGAUAAAACAAAGAAAGAGAUGCAAUAUCGGGAGUAUUGGGAGUAAACUUUGUUUUACUUCUAUAAUUUUAAUUAACAAGCGGAAUCCAAGGCAUCGACGUCUGUCUCACCGUCUGUCGAGAAUAAACUUAUUCGCGAGAAGAAGAGCGAUGCCGUUGAAACGUUAUCCCAAGUGGUCGGUGAGAAUACAAAUCGUGAUGUCGCAAAUAAAUUAGAAACUCGAAAGGACGUCACAAAAUCUGUACACAAGCCCAAGAGGAUGGCUAUUCUCGCGAUGUCGUACGAUGUCGACGAGAUAUCCUGCCGAGACCUGCAAGUUUCCCUACGUGAAAUUAAAGAAAGCCCCCGACAGCCGUUUUCGUUCCUGGCGGAUAUCUGCGAGAUAUUCAACGACGAAAGAUUGACGGCGGAGGCGGCGAAGCCUACGGAAAUUGACAUGCAACUGGCCGCUGUGGCGAAGCGCAUCGAAUCGAGCAGAGCCUUGUUGGAGGAAGCCAAAUCUCGCGUCAAUGAGAUACAUCUGCGUGUCAAACGAGACGCCGCGAUGCCGCAGCAUUCAUCAGGCACGCGCGUGCUUGAGUAUCAAAGUCAAAAGUACCGCGAUUAAUACAUAAUUAUUAAGUACAAAGCCAAUCUCUUCAUUGCUUCAGGAAACGCUAGAGCAGCAGCCUUGAGCAGUUUCGAUCUUGUAAAUGCGAAGGCAAAGCGAUAAAUCUAAAUCGAUGAUGACUCUCUUCCUC